GAGGAGGUGGACAGCCCUUUUUCUACGUCCCGAUGCGCUGAGAGCCGCCGGUUCACUUCACCGCCGCCUCCGAGCAGCUCACUGCUCCCUCUCCUCAGCACUUAUUUUUGAUACAGAAUUUCAGAGUGCCAUUUUUCUUUUUCUUGUUUUUUUUGUGUGUGUAUAUAUAUGUCCAGGACCGCGGCACGGCGGUGAAGAGUUUCAAGCUUCCUUCAAGCUGCUGCUCGGGAGACGGUGGAUCCGAGGUCAUCCAGCCCCCCGCGCCUCGUUUUUCCCCCCUCUCUCUUACUGUCGUUUUUCCGGAAGUUUUCUUCGACUUCAGUGAAGUUUUCGACCGCCCGUGAGGACGACACGCGCCAGCACGCCGGCAUCAUGACUCGGAGAUCCUGUGCCAUUUACGCCACCGGCAUCGUGUGCGCGCACCUCCUGAUCGUGGGGAUCGCCCUGGUGGUGGCUCAAGUCUUCCAGACAAUGAUCCACAGCCGGUUAAAAAAGGAAAUCACUCUGACAGAGAAGAGUCAAGUGUUUGAAGGCUGGAAGAACCCCCCUCCCCCUGUUUAUAUGGAGUACUACUUCUUCAACGUCACCAACCCAGAGGAGUUCUUGGCCGGUGGAAAAGCAGCCGUCCAGCAGAUCGGACCGUACACCUACAGGGAAUACAGGCCACGGGAAAACAUCACCUUCCUGGAGAAUGGCACCAAGGUCUACGCCCUCAACCCCAAAACCUUUGUCUUCGUGCCUGAGAAGUCCGCCGGUAACCCUGAGGUUGACAUCGUCAGGACGGUCAACAUUCCUUUCGUGGCGGUGAUGAACGAGCUGAACUCCUACUCCUUUUUCCUGCGAACGCUCGUCUCCAUGUACAUGAACAGUAUCGGCAUCGAGCUGUUCAUGAACCGCACGGUCCACGAGGUUCUGUGGGGCUUCAAAGAUCCUCUUCUCACCAAAAUCCACAGCAUGAAACCUGAGGUGGAUGAAUACUUUGGCCUGAUGUGGAAGAAAAAUGGCACCCAUGAAGGAGAGUUUGUGUUCCACACCGGGGAGGAGAACUACUUGGAUUAUGGCAAGAUCGACACGUGGAACGGCCUGAGGGAGAUGUCGUGGUGGUCGUCCAAUCAGAGCAACAUGAUCAACGGCACAGACGGCGCCGUCUUCCACCCGCUGAUCAACAGGAACGAGCUCCUCUACAUCUUCGCCGCGGACCUCUGCCGAUCCAUCCACCUGGCCUAUGUGAAGGAUGUGGAGGUGAAAGGGAUCCAGGCGUUCCGCUUCGCGCCGCCGAGCGACGUCCUCAUGAGCCCCAAGGACAACCCCACCAACGCCGGCUUCUGCGUGCCGGCCGGCGACUGCCUCGGCACCGGCGUGCUCAAAGUCAGCGUGUGCAGAGAAGGUGCCCCCAUCGUGGUGUCCUUCCCUCACUUCUAUCAGGCAGACCCCAAGUACAUCAACGCCGUUGACGGGCUGAACCCCAACAAGGAGGAGCACGAGACGUACCUGGACCUGCAGCCGACGACGGGAGUCCCGAUCCGAGCCUGCAAGAGAGCGCAGCUCAAUGUCAUCCUGAAGCGAGUCCAAGGCUUCCCGAAAACCAAGUACAUCAAUGAGACCAUCUUCCCCAUCAUGUUCGUCAAUGAGACGGCGACCAUAGACGACGAGUCGGCGUCCCAGAUGAGGACGCUGCUCCUGAUCGUGACCCUGGUGUCCAACUUCCCGCUGCUCAUCGUGGGCAUGGGCAUCAUCCUGCUGCUGGUGCUCGUCGUCCUGUUCUGCCGAAACCGCCAGAAGAAGAAUGAAGUAAAACGUAUUGAUUUUACUGAAGCUUUUCAUUCUUUUACUACGGCGAAAGACGACACGGCCUACACUCAGGUCAGCGACAAGCCGGACGAGCCCUCGCAGACGGCGGCCAGCCAGCCCAUGAGGAACGGCUCCUACAUCGCCAUGUCUCCAGUGGAGGCCCAGAAGUGUUGAUCCAGGACCCCCCCCACCGCCCCCCUGGGCUGGAAGAAGGGGGAGGGGGCGGGAGCCGGAGAGAACAGCACACAGGGGUGUUACGUUACCGUGGGUGGGGGUGGGGGUGGUCUUCUCCUAAAAUGCGGGGCGGAGUAGGACUCAAACAUCAGGAUGGAUUUAGCUCACAGGCGCUGCUCGUCUGACCGACCCCCCCCCCCCCCCCCCCCCCCAAAGACAGUCCAUAGUCCUUGGCUGUCCGCCCGCUGAGCAUGGCCUCCACUGCCUGCAGUACUGCACCACCCCCGCCCCCACCCCCACAUGUUCUGGAACCCCCCCUCCUCUUCCGUCCUGGUUGGUGCUGAAAUAUGACGGGACUCUUGAUGGAUGGGGCCCGGCCAGGACCAGCCUUUACCCCCCCCCCUCCCCCCACCAGUGUAACUUCCUGUGACGGAGACCGUUAGCUCUUUAGCGUCUCAGCAUGAUCUCCCGAGGUCAGAUUCAAGACGAACCUCCUGCCAAUCCUUCAAGUCUGAGCUCCACAGCGGAACUUUUUGUAAGAAGAAAGAGACUGAGCCAAAAUAUUACAUUUUUGCCUUUUUUUCCCCCCCCAAGACGAGUUAGCGCAGCCACAAGCGUGCACACACGUCGCACUUCCAGUUUUACCCAGCGAUGGUGUGCGUGAGCCUUUACCCGACACCGCGUUGUCCCGUCUUUCACUAGAAAUACUCGUGAACCACACCUUCCUCCUCCUCCUCCUCCUCCUCCUUACCACGUUUUCCUUCUGAACACUAGUUGAAAUUGGGAAAGUCGUGGCCUCGUCCCAGGCGACAGCUAGCUAACUGUGAAACUGACGGGGAAGUUGCACCUUCACCCGUCGUCACACCUUUCAGAACAAAAAACAAAAGAUAAAUAGAAACACCUGCAGAACUUACAAGGGAGACUUGAACCCGCUUUCUGCCUUAUGCGACGGUAUAGCGUGUUCUUUAAAGUGAAUAAGCUGGAAAUCUGUGUUGUACAUAUGUUAAAGGGGAACAGUCAAGAUACCUCUGACCAAAAUCCAGCAUGCAGACGUUUUCGGAGGUGUUGCUGAAGGAGCUGAAACGCCGAGCGCUCCCGCACGUCUUCACUGUUACUGCAUUAGAGAAAGCACAACUUGGAUUGUGAGAACCAGUCCUCCACACAAGGCUACCAGGUUUUCACUGUUUGUUUUCUUUGUUUUCUCUUCUUUUUUUUUUGUCCAGUUUGAGUAUAAAUUUAUAUAUUUACAGCUGAUCUGUCAAAGACACUGUCAGGUGCGGUGACUUUUUACCAGAGCGGGGGCCCCCGGCGGCCGCUGCCGUCGGGGCGAGCCCGGCACGCAGCACUUGAAUCACUGUUUGUCUUACGUGUUCUCGUCUUUCUGUCGCCACACACCUUUGGCCUCGCGUGAAUUCGGGGCUCGGACACUUCCCUGCACUUUGCCCGCUCAGUGUGCCCAAAUCUGUGGUUGAUGUUCUUCUCCUUUGGUGCAGGUGGUCCACAUGUUCACAACAAUCCACACGAUUUCCAUUGCUCCUUUGAUUUUCAGUGUAAGUGGUCCGUACGUUGGUUGCAUUUCAAUAUUUGUGUUUUGUUUUUUUUUGUCCUGACUCGUGUUGCUCGUGUCUCUGUCGUGAGCAGACGACAGACGCCCGUGCCUCUGUGUUACUUGUUUUUCAGCAAAUGGAGUGUCUUCUUUUGAUAUACUUUUGUAUUUUGUUAAUGCUGCUAAAAGAAAAAUGACCGAAAACGACAAAAAAUAUGCCAUAACCUACAGACUUGCAUUUCUAUUUGGGGUGUGAUUCACCACAACGUGCUCGGUUUCAGAUUGAGCCACAGUCUUCUCCAGCUCUUAAACCUUCGGAGACUUGGGGUUUUUUUGUUGCCAACACCUGAGCACAAGAGUCAGAGCCCAAAGCUUGCUGCCAUUGAUUGGCUCUAGCAGUUACAGUUAUGACAUUUAUCCACCGGCUUCUCUUCUAGCAGCUGAUCUCGUCAUAUCGCAUUUCUUUCGGGCUGGUCGGGGCUUUCAUUGUUAGGGUUAGUCAAAUCGCUUGGACGUGCCCCAGAAGAAAAAAACAAAAAAAAGGAAAGAGGGUUGAGGGUUGGGGAGGAGCUGCGAGUCUGAUUAGCAGGUUUAACAGCAGCGUGGUGGAGAGGGUCCUGUUGAUUCUAAGGAAGACUGUAUUUGCUUUGUGGUGAUGAGUUUGGAACCGUUGUGUCCCGGAGGAGGACAGCCAGCAGCACCACGUCAAGGCGUCUGGAGGGACAUGAAAAAAGAAAAAAAAAACAAAAAGCAAGCUUGUAGCUCUUGGACUGACUGAGUCGAGUCUUUGUCCUGUUCGAUACCCAGAGUGGAAAAUAGCAGAAUUCAGAGUUUUCUCUGAGUCUGCUGCUUCCAGCUCUCGGUUCACUCUCGAGGGUUUUGCAGUGGCGUUCAUCGACCUUACAUGAUCCUACGACCGCAGCAGGGUUGCGUCCUGCUCUGGUUUAAGUCCAGAUUAGUUCUGUUGCAAAGGUGCUUUGAGGAAAUCGCACCAGCCAUUGCUUCAACAUAUGUGGAAAUACAGCGUUUAUUGUCAUUUUACUGAACGUGAAAGCCAGUCUAAUGACGUCUGCUUAUUUUCACUUCAGUGAUGCUUGAUUUAAUACAUGGAGCGUGAUUUAAGGGAAUUUUGGACACGCAGAUGCUGAAACGCUGUCAAGUGACGAGCUUUAAAUUCUCCUUUGAACACGCCUCUCCCUGGAGGACAGGAUUCAGGUGGAUCUCCCAACUCCCACAUCUCUAAUGUACUCUAACAGAGAGAGAGAAAUGUGCUCCUGGCUGUCUAAACCAGGUCUUCCCUUCACUUCCUGUCCCUGUGCUGAGCGCUUGGGAACGUGCACGGCGGUAUCAGGACUCGGUUUAAACUUUGCCACAAAGCAAACACUGCUGAACUCUUCCUGUAAAGUGGAAUCGAUUCACCUAAAGCCUUUUGAUUGUCAUCAUUAUUGCUAUGAUUCCACUCCCACCUUGUGCAAACUCACAGUUCAUCUAUAUUCACCUAUUUAAACUGUCAUUACUUGAACCUUGAAGACCUUAAUCCAGACCUUUAACACCCACGUGCGUGUGUGUGAGCUGUUCAAACACACACCCGAGCCAUCGCUCCCCUCCCCGGCCUCCGAGUCCGGCCCUUCAAGCCCAUUGGCUCGUCCCUGCUUGACCAAAGAUAACCCGUGUAGAUACGAGCCGCCGCCGUGUUUACUCGCCUCCAUAACGGCCGUGCCACACACCCGCCGCCUGCCCUACCUUUUCUUUUUUUAAGAUAAAACAAAAAAAAAAAAAAAAACGUGCCACUACUUAUGUGAAGUAUUGUGUGAACGUGAACACGUGUGUAUGUGCCUUUCACAUCGAGGCAAAACAAAAAAAACAAA